AUGUUCCGACUUUUCGUAACUCUCCUGAUUCUCGCCGCCGCCGUGGAUGCCACAAAACACCCAAAAGUUACAAAAAUCACCGCCGAUUUGGGUUUCAAAUGUCGUUUGGCUCCUAAAAUCCGCAUUUUUGCCGUCUCAUUUGUAGAAAAGCAUAGAAAUGGGUAAGAUUCUAUGAAUUUUUCCAAAAUCACCACAUUUUCUAGGCUCUCCCACACUUUGCUUCGCAACAAACCCGACAGCAUGUACAGUGCUACCCAAAGAAAGAAGUUCGAGAUCGAAUUCGCUGGAAACAUCGGACGAUCGAAAAUUUAUGUGCAUGUUAAGCACAAUUGCACACCAAGUGGACGAUUCAUCACUUCCAGAUAUCCAUUUGUAGAUCUUCCGAUUCGUGAAGCACACAAAACUAUUCGCGCAACUUUGAUUCUUCAACAAUAA